AUGCAAUCGAAUAGUAACCCUACCAAUAAAAACGAAUCUGACGAGAAUGACCCAGGACCUCUAACUACCUGGAAUGGCUUUGAUCCUAAGUUGGAUAUUCUAACUUUGUCAGCUCUCUCGUCUCAGUUGAAUUACACGAAUAAUCGGCUUCAAACACCACCAAAUGACACGAGUCCCAAUUCAUUUGAGUGUGCCGGAAAAUAUGGUCUGGAUCAUGACAAGACUAUUGAUAGCAAUUGCAAAAAUAUUGACUUUCACCCAUUUUCACCCUUGACCUCCAACACAAUGAUGUCCACUAAUUUGGAGGACAUUAUUAGAGCAAAACUACUCAAUCAUGACGAGGCUACCCAUGCAAACAAACACCACAAAGAAAAGUCUAAGGAGAAUGGGAAAAUAUAUGGCACCUUGAUAAACAAAGAAUGCGGAUCUAAUGGUUAUGAUUCUCAGAGUACAGCCAAAAACUCUCAGAAUAAUUAUACUCAUCUUAACACUGAUUCCUUCCAUCUCAAAAAAAUUUUGAACGACUCCACAUCCUAUGCCGGAGUCGCCAACGGCUUACAAUUCCAGGCUAACGGAUAUAAGCAGAGGAAGGUUCGUGAUAAAGUUUCGAAUUUGACUGAACUGCAUACGAGAACCGCCGACGAAAUGGACAACGCUCUUGCAAAAGGCUAUGGUGUAAAUACGUUUGUCAGAAGUUCUCAUUUAGAAUCAAGUGGACAUGAAACACCUAAAACUAGUUACGAUUAUCAUCAAAGGUGUUAUCCAUCCUUCAGCAAUGGCAUUCCUUUUAACGAAAAUAAUAAUUUUUCGAGUAAUUACUCUAGGACCACCAAAAAUAGAUCUGGAGAAUUUUUGAGGAUUUUGUUGGAGAAAGAAAACAUAAUCAACGCCAAUCACCCAGAUGCCACCGCGAAUGUUUUAACUUGUGGGGAUAAAUUUUCUAAUAUCGAUUAUUCAAAAGGAUACGAAUUUUCCAAAGGCCAGAACAGCAGUUUACAGAAUCAUUUCGACAGCUUAUUCAAAUCGGAAUGCGUCUUUAACGGCGAAACCUUUACCAAACAAAACGGCAUGCCUAGUGAGGUAAUAUCGACCCAAUGUAAAGUGUUUAAUGAUAAUAACUACAAUACGGCAAAUGGACUGGAAUGCUCACCCAGGUUUUACGCGUCAAAAAAAGUUGAAUAUAGGGAAAUGAAUGCCAACAAUGUUGACAUUCAGGCUCAAAAUGGAUACAAUGGGCUAGACAUAUGUCAAAACAAUAGAUUUAAUAAAUUCGUCGAGAAUACUUCCCAAGCGGAUAGUAUUGAUAGAGAAAGAAAACCAUUUUCCAAAUGUAUAAAGGAUAAAACUGAGGGAUACGAUUUUACCCGUGUAUCUUUUCCAGGGCUCAGGAAAAAUUAUUUGAUAAAUGGCAAUCAUUAUAGUAAAACAAUGGUACCUAACACUAUGACUAAUGGGCAUCCCAUUGGGUACGACAAUGACUCGUAUCUGCCCCAAGCUCUCAAUGGGAAUACCGUGUUGCCGAAUAGUGAUAGUGCACCCAAUACCAGGGAAUCCCCUAGCCAUUACGAAUUAAAGAACGUAUUAGUCAAACCGGAUGUUGGGGCUAAAGAAGGCGAGGAGAGCAAGUCUAACCACGAUAACAAAAACAACGAAAUUUUACGCGUAAGAGCCUAUUGA